UAUUCAUAAUGCACCAGCAUAUGACCACCACCGCAUCACUAAUAUCAGCAGAAUAUCUGGAACGCCACAUUCGUCAAGAGGCAGCAUCCUCCAACCAACACAGGGUCCAAAAUGGAGUAACGCUGAAUGUUCUCUGUUUCAAACGGAAAGUGUUGCGUUGCGGGUGAAAAUUGAGACUUCUAAAAACCACUGUGAGGAAAUCGCCUUCGUUGUUCCUGCUGUCUAGCUAGCUGCGCAGAACAGUGAAGAAUGGAGCCUUCAGAGCAGGCAGGCCCAGACUCCGGCUCUCAGGAUGUCAACCCUGUCUUCCUGCAGCAGCUCAGAGAGCUGGACAUCCCAGAGGAGGCAGCCAAACAGGCACUUCUACACACUCGGAACGUGUCUGCCGAGGAGGCGGCAAUGUACUACUUCAACAAGCUGGAGAAUGAGGAAGAGGGGGACGAUGACCUCAUGUUCAAGAUGGUGUUUGUGGUGAACAUGGACCUGGCCAUGGGGGUCGGAAAGGUGGCAGCCCAGGUUGGGCACGCUGCUGUGGGUUUGUACCAGGCUCUACAAGAGAAGAACAGCUGGAGGGAGAUGGCCUGGAAGUGGGACCACAGUGGAUCCAAGAAGGUGGUGGUCCAGGGGACUAAUGUGGCUCAUCUACUGGAGCUGCAGGCCCUGGCCAUGAGCCUCAGUCUACCCGCCUACCUGGUCCAAGAUGCAGGGCUCACCCAGGUGGAAGCUGGGUCGCGCACCGUGCUGGCCAUUCUUGGGGAGGAAGAGAUGGUGAACAACGUCACUGGGAGUCUGAAGCUGCUUUGAGGGGCUGACCCCCACGGUGGGGGAGGCAUUGCUCUGCAGUGCCACUGUGCAUCCAGCAGAAGGCAUUAUUUCCCAGCGGCAGGGAGAGUCUUGGCAUGCAAGCGGCAACCUUUACAACAACAACAAAAAGACCUGAAGAACAAGGGAAAUCCAGACAUGUCCCAACACCAGACACAAACCCCCUCAGCCAUUUGUUUCCCUUUCAUUCUUUGUCUGAGCCGCUUAGCCGGCCUUAAGAGCAGGAGGGGAGAGAGCACGGUUGUUCACAGGGUAACGAGGCGUAGGCCGUUGAAUUUUCUUUUUCUGGUGACCUUUCUCUUUUCACACAGGCAACUUACUUACUAAAGUCUUAUUAGAACAUUUCAAACACCUUGAGUAUGUGGUCCAGUUUCAGAUAUGGCAAAGUUAAAAAAGUUGAGUUGGUGGCCGAACCAAUAUGCUUAUUCAAGGGGCAAUGUACUUUAGACAAAUACACGAUGUAAUUAUAAUUAUACCCAUAGCAGACGUAGUAUUUCCCUGUUGGAUCCACUAUUCCUGAGUGAAGGAUAAACUAUUAACUGAUCAUCUGUGAACACUAAUUUUGAUGUUUAAAUGAUUUUGUGUCUGUAUGCAACGUUUCCCCCAAAGACCCCUAUCCUAUAGAAUCAAUAACAUUACUCAUUAUGGAUAAAUGGCUAUAUAUUGUAUACAUUUGCCUGUUGGCGGGCCAUAUACUGUAUAAUCUGUGGUGUGCCAUCCUGAACCAUAUGCGCAGUUACUGGACUUUGUUGUAUUGUUUUUCUUUGUGCAAAAGGGAGAAAACUCUAAAUUGAAAUGUUUGGAUUUACUGUUGGAAUUGAUGGCGGUCGAGAGGUUAUGUGGAGCCAAAACGUCAUGAAGUAAAGGUCUGCUGGGCUAACGUAUGCACUGACUGCCUGUGAGGGAUAGUUCACUUUAAUGAAGUUACUUUAAUGAAGUAACAUUUACAGCUUGACAAAAUGCAGAUAAUUGUGUGUAUGACAAUUAUUAUAGACUUGGUGAAUAGUCUUGCACACUAUUAAUCUUAAUACACAAAAUGAUGUUUGAGCUGUGUCUAUGUUCUCAUUUACAAAUAUUUGCGGGCAUGAGCUGCCACUCCCAGAAUUCCUGGUUUAAUGUCAACGAUUUUAUUUGUAACAGAUCAUAAAGAAACGGCGGUGGCAUGCAUGCGAUAUGAAAUGUACAUUUCAGUAGACAAGUUGGAAUCCCAAAGUUCUGUCAAUUUUAGUUACAUGUCGACACUUUGAUACCUCCUAUGUUUUACAGCCAUUUGUGUGAGUGCUUCAGACUAUGUAUGGAGACAAUUAAAAUGCCUCCAGAUUAAGUAACAACCA